CUCGACACGUGAACAGUUUUGUUUCAUAAUAUUUUAAACUUAUGCAACAAGAUGGCUAUGAUUCUGGUCACGGGAUCUUUGGUUGUAGGAAUAGUACUACUUCUCGGAUUUGUAUUGAGAUGGAGAAAGAUAGACAUGCCUGGCCCAAAAGGCCAUCCCAUAGUUGGCAAUGCACUGCAACUCAGUAAAAAUGUACCAUAUGUCCAAAUUCAAGAAUGGUCAAAGGAAUUCGGAAGUAUCUUCAAACUUCAACUUUUUAGAGAGGAAGUCGUUGUUUGUAACGACUAUGAAUCGAUUAUGAUGACAAAAUCAGAUGAUUUUGCAGGACGACCAAAAUCCUGGCGUUUCACUUAUGCUUUACCUGGUGGUAAUAACGGAAUUGCCUUUCAAGAUUUUACAAAAUCGUUUAAAAUAAUGCUGAAACUUUCCUCUCGAGGACUACGACCAUAUGGCGCAUCUAAUCAAGCCAGAGAUUUAUUUAACAAACCGAUCAUGGAGUGCCUGACGGAGUUUCUGUCACACAAUGGCGAGGCCUUCAACCCAAAUUUGCAUGUAGACCACGUUGUUGUUAAGUUUAUAUUGAAAUUGAUGCUAGGAGAACAUGUCAAACUGACAGCUGGCGAUUUCAGUGCUGUGGAAAAAAUGCUACAGAGAGUAAAGCAUAUGGCACAGGGGAGUGGUGAAGAAUUGGAACUGUUUCCCUGGCUACGUCAUUUUGGUCUGAAGUCUUAUAGAGAUCUAAUGGAGUUGAACAAAAUUGGGAAUGAUGCUAUUAACUCAUGGAUCGACCGAUAUAGACUCAAGAUGGAGGAGUUAAAUCUUCCUGAUGAAGACCUUGAAAGACCAGCAACAUUUUUAGCCGUAUUACUGAGAGCAUAUGAUGAUGGGCAAAUAGAUAUGGAUAACAUCAAAAGCACAAUAUUCGAAAUCGUUGUUGGAGGUACUGUGACUGUCAAAUCACACAUUGAAUCAUUGAUUCUGUUAAUGUUAAACUACCCAGAAGUCCAAGAGAGAGUAAUUGCAGAGAUACAAGAUGCAAUCCCUGAAGACCGAUCUCCAACUCUUGCCAAUCGUGAAAAGCUACCAUACACGGAAGCAACGGUUUUAGAGGCGGUUAGAUUCUUGACUGUUUCUCCUUUAGGGGUACCACAUAAAACUACACGUGAUACGACUCUAGGGCCAUAUAAUAUACCUAAAGAUACGCAGGUUUGGACAAAUUUAUGGGGAGCGCACCAUGAUCCUCGCUAUUUUCCCGACCCAAAUACCUUCAAUCCAGAUAGAUUUUUGGACAGUGAAGGAAAGACCUACAAUAGAGCAGAUGUCAAAUCAUUUUUGCCCUUCGGUGUUGGGAAAAGGACAUGCUUGGGUGAGAAGAUAGCUAUCCCCAGGAUUUUCUUGUUUUUCUCGAAUAUGCUGCACAGAAUGAGGUUGAUUCCUGCAGAUGGGAAAAAUAUUCCAUCGUGUGACCUGAAAAACUUCAUGACUGCUAUCACUUAUCAACCGCCGCCAUUUUACAUGAAAGUAGAACCACUUAGAACCCAGAUAAACAUAGGCAGAAGAUCAGUAUGA